UAAAUAAAAAGUUUUAAAAGAAGACGAGAACGAAGAAGAAGAAGUAAGAAGGAAGGAAGUGAUGGUGCGCGUGUGGAAUUAAAAACAUGUGGCUUGAAAAGAUGUCAAUAAUUCGGUGGUACGUCGUCGUAGUCAUCGGAGACUCGCGGCUUGUGCACGAUAAAUUGUCAAAAAAGUGGAGAAAAGUAUAAAAAGUAGAGGUCAGGUGCAAUUCAAAGAACCUCAAUCUGUGGGAGUAGAAUGCUCGGCAGCUGGGGUUGGAAUGAAAAUUUAGAGCUAGGAGUUGCCGAUAGUUCGUCGGUACUAUUACUAGCCACCAAAAGUGAUAUAAUUGAUUUUGAAUUAACGCAUCCUGUCCCCGACAGUCGGGUGCUGAGGUAUGCACCCAGUUAUUGUCAAUACCCCACUACAGAGUCACUGUACACCGGUCAUGAGUCUCUCAAAGACCGCAUGGACUAGCAGCAUGAGGUGGCGAAUAUGCUGACAACACAUCCAGAGAUGCACGAAAAGCGUGACUCGUUGAGCAGCGGGUGUGUUACAAUGGAGGAAAAAAUGGUGAUCGAGCAGCCACCGCUUCCACCCCACCGGGACCCCUCGGAUCCGACGAUAAGCGCUAAAAAGCUUCCAAAGAAGAGAAAAUUUGAUCCGUCGGAGCUGGAGGAAAUGGACAACACGAGUAACGUAAUAAGCAACGUAGUCAGCUUGAAUACCAAUCCAAAUAAACAAAUUGUUUGUGGCCCGCAGACAAUGAUUCAACCUAGUAUUCAAAUUCCGCACACGAUGUCAUCGCUGACCCAGUCUCAGCUCUCGCCUCCACAGCCGCACCAUCAGCAGCAGCCGACGCUCCUUCAUCAGCAAUCGGAUUGUUAUCAAUCCACCCAGACUGUGGUUCAACCACCACCUCAGAGCACCGCUGUUGAUUAUUCACUACGCGAGGAACCCUCAAGAUCGCGUCCGCGACCUACCCCGAUUCUUGAUCUCAGUGAGUGGCGCGAUCACCACGUACUGGCUUUGAGAGACUCGCGCUACUACCCGGGUGUUAUCAAAGACGCUGGUCAAGGUGAAAUUUAUGUUGAGUUUGAGGGUGAAAAUACUUAUGUGAGGUACAGUGAUGUGUUAGGUGCUGGUAAAUAUGAUAUUAUUAGUGAUGCUAGCCCGUCAGUAGGACAAGUUAAAAUGGAUGCUAAAGUUUGUGUUAGAUAUUUAACUACGGGUACAUCGUUUAUUAACGGGACUGUGUGCAAAAUAUUGACAAAGCCUCAGCCGAGUUUUGUUGUUAGAAUUCAACGUGAUGAUGACAAGGAUGAUACAAUCCUGGUUAAACGAGCGGAUUUGAGGCUUGUUCAGCCUCCCUGGUGGGAUGAACUUGAAGAGAGUAUGAUGGAGAAUGAAUCGAGAAGAAUUGAGACUGUUGUAGAUCAUGGAUACAGAAAUUCUCUAGAGGCUCCAAUGCAAAUUCUUAUGCAUCACCCUUCUCACUUACAAGGUCAUAAUGACUCUAGUGGAUAUUACCGUACUACGGGUACGAGUCCUCUCAUGACAAUUAGUACUCCAGUGCACUCUGCCAAUGCGACACUGAGCAACGGCAGUAGGCCAUACGAUGAUCUGGAGAGCGAGGAUGAUCUCGACAGAGAGGAUAUAACAUUUCCCUCAGAUGCAGAUGCAAAAUUAUCAGGAAGCAGUAAGCGGAGUAGUAUGCAGAGCCGCGGCAGUACCAGUAGCUUAGUGGAGCAGCGUAGUAUAACCCCCCGUUCUCAGGCAGCUACACCCAGAUCUCAGGCGGCAACGCCACACAAAUACAAAAAGGGUGACAUAGUGGCCACUCCAAAUGGAAUUAGGAAGAAAUUUAAUGGCAAACAAUGGCGUCGACUGUGCAGUAAAGAAGGCUGCUCAAAAGAAAGUCAACGGCGAGGUUAUUGUUCUCGUCAUUUGAGUCUCAAAGGAUCGGGCUUACGUGGACCUGCAAACGCUUUUCAUGGCGGUGGCGAAGAAACAUCGAGAGAUUCAGAUACGUCGCCUAAUUACACAGACCGACGAAUGGUGGCGGGACGAUUUGAUCCGGAAGAAACAGAGGCCGCCAAUAUGCUCGUAUCUCUUGGCAGCUCACGUUCAGCAACGCCAGCAUUUUCAUCGCCAACUGCUCACUCUUCCAUAUCACCUUGUAUAAGCCAAUCACCAGUCCCGCCUCUAGGUUUAAACCAAAAUAACGUAUUUAUGCCAAUCUCCAGUCCAGCGCAUCAUCCUACGUCUCUUAUUUCACCUGGUGCUAAAUGGAAACACUCUCCAACACAGCCAAACUUUACUGUUCAAUAUCAGCAAGUAAUAAAACCUGAGCCAAAUCGUAUGGUCAGGCCAAAUCGACCUCCUCAGACAGCUCCAGCGCCUCCUAAUAUGGGAACCAGUGUUAUACGAAUCUCUCCUGUUGGUCGCGCUGUGCCUAUGCAAAAUUCUACUAUGACUUGGUCUGAACAGGGUCCACCGUCUCGGCAUCCUUCGGUCGUGACAUCUAUUACCCAGCAGCAACAGCAGCAGCAGCAGCAGCAGCAGCAACAACAACAACAACAACAACAACAACAACAACAACAACAACAACAACAACAACAACAACAACAACAACAACAACAGCAUCAUCAUCAACAACAGCAACAGCAACAUCAGCAACAACAACAGCAACAGGGAAUAAUUCUCCAGCAUGCACUUACGUCUAACAAUGGAUUUGCAAAUCACCCGGAGAUAAAUGAACAGAAUUCCCAACAUAUUAAAUCACCGCAUUCGCCGCACAUUUCGCUUCCAGCGCCUACUUCUACACAGAAUGUAAGCCUUAUUCAUAAAUCUCAAGAUAUACCCGUCGACUAUGCUCAGCCCCAGUUAUCGAAUCAAUCAAUUUACGGUUUACAAUCUCAGCAUCCGCAUCAACAAUCUCAGCUUCUUCUUCAUCAUCAUCAUCAUCAUCACCAUCAUCAUCAACAUCAACAACAACAGCAGCAACAACUGCAACAGCAACAACAACAACAACAACAACAACAACAACAACAACAACAACAACAACAACAACAACAACAACAACAACAACAACAACAACAACAACAACAACAACAACAACAACAACAGCAACAACAACAACAACAACAGCAACAACAACAACAACAACAGCACUUGUCACAGUCGCAAGCACAACACGAUAAGAAAUAUCUUGUUAUGAAGAACGGAACAGAAGUACAGUCGGUGCACAUCGCGCAAGAUGAUAAGUACCGACAAGGUAUGAUGAAUCAUAUGGAACAGGUGCAGUCACAAUUACAUCAACCGACAUGCCAACCACCACAGUCUAACGUGAUACCGUCCGUUAAUACUGAUAAAAUGUCAAUAAUACCACAGCCGGUGAGUAAAGUAGUUGGUCUUCACGUAACUCCUGUUGAUAUAUUAAAGACUCAACCGAUGUCAACCAGUGUAGUUAUGUCAACAACAUCAGCUAUUACAAAUACAUCAACACCCACUAGUGUUUUUCAGCAUGUUAUUGUUCAACCAAGUCAUUUAGUACAAGUACCAAAGCCGUUGCCUCACUGCGAGGACAACAAUAAAAGCAACGGUGUUGUUUAUGCCAGUCAUGAAGUAUCUCCAGUAUAUCAACACCAUCCUCAGCCAUUGCUGAACAGUAGUGUAGUGCGCAAUUGGAAAAAAGCUUUUUCCUGGCAGACAGUGGUAGAUCAGCCGGAAGUGAGUCCACCACCAUCGGCAUUGAGUCCACCCCUUAGCGCUCCACCAAUACCGUUGAAUAUUGGGAAUUCUGGUGAAGAACCUUCAUCCGGGCCUGCACCAGAUCCUAUUACGCCGGCAGAAGAGGAGGAUGAUGAUGUAUUUGAAGCUGAACCAACUACUCCUGCUGAAAUAGAAGCUAAUUCAAAUAAACGCCGUAGUCAAUCUCUCAGUGCGCUGCAUAGUAAAGAGCCUCAAAGUCCUUCUGUUAAGUCAAAAGACCCACGUAUAAGGCGGCCAAUGAAUGCCUUUAUGAUAUUUUCAAAACGUCACCGAGCUGUUGUGCAUCAGAGACAUCCAAAUCAAGACAAUCGUACUGUAUCAAAAAUAUUGGGUGAAUGGUGGUAUGCAUUAGGUCCUGAAGAGAAACAAAAAUAUCAUGAUUUGGCGUCUGAAGUUAAAGAAGCACACUUUAAAGCCCAUCCGGACUGGAAAUGGUGCAGUAAAGAUAGACGGAAAUCCUCGACGACUAGCUUCAAGGGCAAUGAAUCAAGAAGCAAGCUCAAUAGUACGGGAGAGGAAACGGAUGUGGGUCCUUCCAGUGAAGAUGUUCCAUUGACGCCCCGUGCUUCAGAUGAAAUGUACGUUCCUGUUACUGCUGUAUAUAAUGAGACAUCGAGUACUGAGAAUAAUGUUAGUCAAUCUCAUCCAUCUCAACGAGUUCAAGAGCAUCAAAUGCAAACGGAAAACUCAGAUUUCGGAGUAAAGCAAGAGGAAGAUGGUAAUGCAUCCGACGAUGAUCAUCAAAUGGUCAUUUGUGAAGAUCCUCAACCGGAUACAGACUUAAAAGCCAAAUCUAAAGUCGUUGAUAAUGGUAUUGAGAUGCAGCAGGAAGAAAACACGGAGAAUAAUUUUAAUCAGUCAAGAUAUUCACCGGUAGGCGGUCAGAAUAGGGAGGGUCAAAAUAUGAAUACUGAAAUAACUUGCCGUCCCAAACCUAUUAAAGGUACUGAAACGACAACAAAAUAUCAUCAUGCGUCCAUAGAUAAAGGUGGAUCCGUAUCGGUAUUGUCACCUUAUUCUUAUCUCAGUCCAGUAAAUCCUACUGGAGUGUCUGGAUUUCAACCAAAGGGAGGUGCUUUUAUAACGAUGCCUAUAUCGCCAAAAGUCGUGAAACCCGAACCUAUCAAAGGGGAUCAGCAGUAUGCGACGCAAUAUAGCGUCAAUAACUUAGUAUCAAGUGUUCAUACAGAAAACGGGCGAAAUAUUUCAAAAUUCACUGCUGCAUCUGUACUGCAUUCGAUUGGAUCAAAACCGAUGAUGGCUGUACUGAAACAUCAGCCUUUGCAGUCAAUAACUACUCAGCGUUCCCAAACAACAGUCGCGCCCUAUCAAACCCCGCUUACUCUUACAUUAUUAAAUAAUGAUUUGGUGGCUGUUUCUAAACAACAACAGGGUACCGCACAAUAUCUUGGACCAACUGGUCAGCAUUCAAGGAUGUUUUCUAUUCCUAGUUUUCACAUUUCCGACAGUGGAAGUCGCAAUGUUGCAGUACAAGGCUUUGCUGUGACUGGAAAUAAAAUUGAAACACCCAGUGUAAUUGUAACUAAAUCUCAUUCACUUGUCACUAAUUCAAAUCCCAGUACACCGAGUCAUCGUGAAAUUGGACAUUCAAUUGCUCGGCUAGCAGAACCAGAGAAAAAAGAUAAUUUAAUUACUAAUAAUCAUGUGCAAUAUUGUGGCAAUAAUAUAAAAGUAGAACAAGAAAGAAAAGAUGCUGUUAGUAUGCAUUUAAUCUCUGGUGUUGAAAAACACAUGCAGCCAUCAACGCCUCAUACUCCUCAUACACCUCACGCUAAUCAAAGUGUCAGUGAGCAUUCCUCGGGUGUAUUUUAUGCCGUUGAAGAAUCGCCUGGCAGAAAUAAUGAUGUUGGACAAAAUAAAGCUCCGUUUAUGUUAGCUCCUACGCCUGCUCAACUUGGUCGAGCUCCAUUGCAACGGAGGCAAUCUUUAGCUGUACCAACAUCGAAUGCUGGAGAUCAAGGAUCUAAUUGUCAACUCACGGAUAACCGUCAAAGAAAUUUACCAAAUUCAGAAUCACAACCACCAAAUUCUGCGGAGCCUUUAGCUUCUCCUUCGGCGGCUACUAAAAAAGGUUCUUUCUUCAAAAAAAAUGUUGAGGAUGGAAUGGAUAGAGUUCUCGAACAGGUAAACUUUCAGGAAAAGUUUUCAUCGUUACCCGAGUUUAAACCCGAAGACAUACAGAGUCCAAACGCUAUCAGUAUAAAUACUCCGGCUGGGUCUUCAGUUCAUACCCCAGCAACUGCUGGGCUUCAUUCAUCUGGUAUAUCACUUUCGAAUUCACGGAAAAAACCUAGCCUUGGAUCCCACAGACCUUCAAUAAAUGAAGAAGACGUCGAGUCGGAUGUUUCGAUAUCAGCCACACCAAAAUCAACAGCUAGCGUAAAGUUAACGGGAAACACAUUUUUUGGUCCAGAUUUUAAUGUCGAUGCCUUUAGAUUGAAUUCUGAGUUAGGAAACGAAGGCGAAACAAACUCACCAAGAACGCCAAAGACACCAGGCGGUGGGGUAAAUACUUCAGUUGGAAGUGGCCGUGCAGAUAACGAACGAGGUCCUCGUAAAGUCCUUGAAAGACGUCGGCAAUUAGUAAUGCAAUUGUUUCAAGAUCAAGGAUACUUUCCAUCUACACAGGCUACUUCAAACUUCCAGACGAAGCAUUCGGAUAUAUUUCCUAGCAAAGCUAGCUUACAGUUAAAAAUACGAGAAGUUCGUCAGAAAUUGAAUAAUUCGGGCUCGAUUCCUCCUAUAAGUGCUAGCAGUCUUGUUAGUCCAUUACCAGUAUCAGAACCUUCACCCAAUGUUACUGGAUCAGUUCCUUCAACAUCAAUGGGAGCUCCUCAAUCACUACCUGUAAGCAGUAGUGGUAGCUAGCGCCCAUACACCAACUGUGAUAAUGUAAAUUCGCGUGUUUCUCAACACGAGUACAUAAUAAUUCUUUGAAGAUAAAUUAAAAGGCGUUUGGGUAACAUAAUUAUUUCUUAACGUAAUCAGCAUAUGAUUGUUUUCAUUUUUUUUCGUACGAAUCAUGAGUUUCUUUAUUAUGUUUUUCUUGAUUAGAAAUAUCAAUGCGAUACUAGUGCAAUUUAAUAAACAAAAAUAUCUAAUCAGUACGGAAGGCAAAUUAAAA